CUUAUCCAUCCCCCCCCCCCAUCUCUUUCGCGAGCUGCACGUCUUAAAUUUUUGUUCCAUUCCUUUUAAUAGCGUUUAAUCACGUUAUAGCUAUGGAAUUAUGCACACCAUUUACUGAACCAGUUCAAAAACCGAGUAUUACAUGCUUUACGUUGUAUCUUCGGCUUGGAGCAACGAGUGAAAUGUAUUAUGGCGAUAAAAUAAUUUGAUGGUCAUUAUUAAUGACACGAAUAUCUAGAUCUGGGCACACCACAAUUAAAGUUACACUGCAUGAGGUGGUGGGGGGGGGGGUCAGCUGUAUCAUUAACAAGCACAAAUAUUCUUGUUCCGUCGGUUUCAGCGCCCCAGGCUCCACUUGCACCACUUGCGUGAAAGUCGCUUGUUGCCUGGUGAUCCGUUUACUUGUACAAAAAUGUACACUAUGCACGAAUGACUCAUUUUUGCUUUCCAGUACUGAGUUGGUUCCUUUUCAUUGGGUGGGCAAACCUGUUGGGUUUAAGGGGAAAAACAUGGAGGAAACACUCCCAGAAACCGACAGUGGAGAUUUCAGGUCUGACCAGUCUAGAAGUUGGAAUAAGUUCAGUUCCAGGCUAGGACACAUGAACUAGUGCCACGGGGUGCCAGCGCGCAAAUACGCGGCCACAAACGAGUUUACUUGCGCUCCUUCCUGCUAUGCUUCUCCCAGUGGUGACAGGAGCUACAGAUGGCAUCGGGAAAGCCUACGCGAAGGAGCUUGCUCGACGAGGCUUUGCCUUGGUCCUCAUCAGCCGCUCCCAGGAGAAGCUGGAUGACGUCUCAAAGUCGCUGGAGUAUCUGUACAAUGUGGAAACGAAGACCAUCUCCGUGGAUUUUGGAUCCUUAGAUGUGUAUCGCACUAUCGAAAGCGGAUUGGCUGGCCUGGAGAUCGGAGUCUUGGUGAACAACGUUGGAAUCUCCUAUUCCUACCCGGAGUUCUUCCUUAACAUCCAGCAUUUAGAAAGUUUCAUUAACACCAUGAUAAACGUCAACGUCUCCUCAGUCUGCCAGAUGACACGCCUGGUGUUGCCCGGGAUGGUGGAAAGGUCCAGGGGUGUGGUGCUCAACAUCUCAUCAGCAAGUGGCAUGUACCCCAUCCCCCUGCUCACCGUUUACUCUGCCACCAAGGCAUUUGUGGACUUUUUCUCACGAGGGCUUCAUGCGGAGUAUAAGAACAGAGGGAUCAUUGUGCAGAGCGUGCUCCCAUUCUUUGUGGCCACGAAGAUGACCAAAAUCAGGAAGCCCACUCUGGAUAAGCCCACCCCAGAACGCUACGUAGCUGCAGAGCUGUCGACUGUGGGUCUACAGAACCAAACCAAUGGCUAUUUUCCCCAUGCUAUCAUGGGCUGGGUCACCACGGCCCUGGUCCCCAUCAGUGUGGUCAUCCAUCUCGGCAUGCAGAUGCACAAGGCCCAGCGUGCCAGAUACCUGCGGAGGAGGAAGCAGCACUGAAGGCUCGUCAUUGGCUGGAGGGUGAUGUGGGAGGAGUCUUCUGACGCUGCCCUCUGACUCCUGUGAUUUGUAGUUUGUGCUCGAUCCCAUUGAAUCGCUGUCUACAGAGGGCUACGCGUCGGUGUUCCGGACUACUAGGCUCGGACUUCUUUCUGCGGUUCGGGUUCCUUUCUUCGUCUUGUUUACAUUGGGUGGGGUUUGCGUGUCCGUGAGAUGUUGAACAUUCGGCGAGGUAUCGAUGACCUGUGAGAAAUGAAAUGUCUCGUAAAACACGGUCGAUUUCUGUCAGUCUUAACUUUUUUUCAUAUAUAUACACAAAAGCAACUUAUUUCAAAGAAUGUGGUUUCAGCCACCCUUUUUUUAAAGAUUGAUAAAAUCAACAUUGUACCUCUAGCACUGGGAAUUUUGUGACAUAAUACCGUAGUUUGUCUCACUUGUGAAAAAAAAACUUUCUGAAUAUUUCUAGAUUUGUAGCAAUUUUUUAUGUAUAUAUUCACGUUUGUAUGAAGUGUGUGAGCAGGUGGUGGAGGCUCCUUAUCGAAUUGCACUGUCAUUUCCCCCAUGAAUUCUGCAUUUUCCAUGUGACCCAAUGAAUGGUGGUGCUACUUUGAUAGUAUCUCUCACACUACUGAUGGAAAAAAUAAGUGCCUUCAUGGUUAAUAUGUUGUUGUGCCGGUAGGGAAACUAGUCAUGUUCAAAGAAAAGACUGGUAUAAUGUAUCAUUAUAUAUUUAAUAUUUUACACUGCCAGGGUUUAAGUGUGGGGGGGGGAGGUCUUGAAUACUACCACGACUACUCUACCUACAUGUACUUUGCCAGAUUUUGAGUGACUUGGAUUAAGUUUGUUCAGUUCAGUGGAUGAUGAUCACUGAUACUCCAUACUGGAGUCAGAAUCUAUUUCCCAGCUCUCUGAAUGUGACUAGUAUCCCAGAAUCUGCUUUCCAAAUAAAUUAUUUUAUGCCAAAGUGAACGCACUAUGCAGGGGAAAGAUCUCUUAGCCUACCAUGUAGUUAGGUUGUCAUAGCAGCCACCUGUAUAACAGUUGAUAAUUGCUUGAUAUUAUCAAUAAAAUACGUUACUUGUGGGGA